AUGUUCGCGGGCAUGGCAAACCAGUUUGCAUCCAUGAUGAUGAGCUAUAUGGGUGGCGGCUCCGCCGGUUCCAGCGGGUCGGCUGGCGCGGACUUGCCGGGGUUCCGGCUUUUGCAACCGCCAAAGGGGCAAGGCAAGCACGGUGUUGGCCAGGCUCCGGAUCAGCAGACCGAUUCGCAGCAGGACUCGCCGCCCCCGCCGCAGCAGUCACUUGCGACGCAGCGGCCAACGUUGCAGUCUCCGACGCAGCCAGAGGAAUCAGCAACGAAGCCUGGCGCCCUGACGUUUGAGAUGCCGGACACAUCAUCACCACCCAAGGAGGAACGUGCUCCUGAUCGUCAGCCGCUGAGCGCACAAGAAGCUGCCAAGGCAGUCGAGAAUGCGGUGGACAACCGCGCCGAGCAGACGAGCAAGAACAAGGUGGCCGGCAUUCUCAAAAAGCCCGCGGCCGCAGCGAAGGCCAAGUCCACCGCCAAAGCUCAGGCCAAGUCCACGGCCAAAGCUCAGGCCAAGUCCACGGCCAAAGCGAAGGCGAAGUCCCAGGCGAAGAUGACAUCUGUGACGGCAGGUCCGAACAAGGGCUGGGUUGUAGAGGUACGUGAGCGCAAAGUCGGGAAUAGUGCCGGGCAAACCGACACGUACUAUCGUUCUCCGAACGGUGGAGUUUUCCGCACGAGGGGCGAGGCCAAGAAGAACGGCUGGAAGGAGGCAUGA